GCUAUAACAUUUGAUCACAUUGACAACUCAAAAACACAUUAUCCACAAAAUUUUUAAAAAUGUAUAAAAGAUAGAAAAAUGUGACCAUUCCUAAAUUAGCAAUACAUUUACUAUGAAGUAACCAAAAUCAUUGAGUUAUGAGUGGAAAAAAAGAGGAAGAGAAGAUACACUGCGAUUGCUACGUGGAAGCGUCACAGGCGGAAAAUGCUUGUCCCCCCAUCCGGAACGUCACGCAUCCUCUGCGAUACUACGAGUUUAGCCAGGACGAAAUGAAGGCGUUGGAGGAAUGCGACAAGGAGAGCUUCUACCGCCGCUGUCUGCCGUUCAGCACGCUCUUCGCUUCGCUCACCGCUGCCGCCAUCAAACUAGGGUUUCUCCGGCGGAACCCUCAUUUUGGUGCGGUGCCCAAAUUGCUCGUGGCAAUAUUUCUGGGGUACGUCGCCGGGCGCGUGCAGUACGCGGAGGAGUGCGAGGCGCACCUGCGGGAACUCCCCGAGCAAAGCCCCCUGGGCAAGCUGAUGCGGAGGUACUACGCUGAGAAGCACCCGCCGCCUAAAAAAUAACGGAACCAAUAUUGAGGAUUUCUACGCUAAACAUCGAGUUGUGAUCCACAUGCAGUAUCGUGUUGAAAUGUCUAAAUAUUCAGUUUGUAGUUUAGAGAAUAAGUGGAAAAUUCGAAUUUUAGCAAACGGGUGUAAAUAAUUAUUUAUUACUUAACAUAAUAAAUUAUUGUAACACUA